AUGUCUUUAUGGGCAGCCUCAGCUCCUACAAAUGUUUGUCUGACACUGCAAUGCUUGGGCUGCACCAAAACAUUUGUGGCUCGGAGAGAUCUCACUAGUGGGACCAUCAUCUCCAGCGGUCUAAUAAACCAUAUAAAACAGUCUCAGAGCAAGAAGAUCCGAAGGACUGGAAUCAACAGAAGAUGCUUGGAUAUUUAUCAGGCUCAGGACUUGGUUGACUGGCCAGAUAUAGACAUUUCAACCUCUCUUGGGACUGUUUUGGAUUCUCAGCCAGGUGACCACGAUCAUUUCCCAGAGGGAAGAGAGGAAGAGGUCCUCAGUGAUGUAUCCAUGGAAGAUGACAACAACAUGUCUCUUGAGCUUGACUAUUCCCCAAUUAUCUCAGACAUGACUCUAAAGCCAUCAAACAGUCUUCCAAAGAACACUUAUUUUAGCCAUUACCCGGUUGAAGCAAACUUUUCAAAGGAGUCACCAUUGUCCAAUGCAGAAUUCAAUCAACAAACAUCCCCGUCCACCAAACUGCUUCCACCAAUUUCCCAGUCAGAAAAUGGAACAGCAUUGUAA